GCACCGCCGCGCCCGCCGCUCCCGGCUCCAGCGCCAGAGCCCCCCGGCCACAAUGCAACACCAACAGCGUCGAAUGUUCACGGCUGCCCUUCUGGCACUCAUUUUUUUUAUGGCCACUCUGAGCACCACUGAGGCUGGCAAAAAAGAGAAACCAGAGAAAAAAGCAAAGAAGUCUGACUGUGGGGAAUGGCAGUGGAGUGUCUGUGUACCCACUAGUGGUGACUGUGGCCUGGGGACACGUGAAGGUACUCGCAGUGGAGCUGAGUGCAAACAAACCACCAAGACUCAGAAAUGUAAGAUUCCGUGCAACUGGAAGAAGCAGUUUGGAGCGGAGUGUAAAUACCAGUUCCAGGCCUGGGGAGAAUGUGAUUUGAACACUGCCUUGAAGACCCGAACUGGGAACCUAAAGAGAGCUCUGCAUAAUGCUGACUGCCAGAAGACUGUCACAAUCUCCAAGCCCUGUGGGAAACUUACCAAACCCAAACCUCAAGAAUCCAAGAAGAAGAAAAAGGAAGGCAAGAAACAAGAGAAGAUGCUGGAUUAAUAGAGCCAACUUGGGCAGUGCGAGAAAGGGACAUCAGGAAACGAUCAGUUAACGGUUUCAUUUAUACUUAGGCAUUUUAUCCUAAAAUUAUUUAUAGCUUAAUGGUACAAUAGAAGGAAACAAGCAAACACACAGAAAAAAAAAAAAAACCCUUUUUUAUUACUUUAGUAUUUUUAAUGUAUAACCCUAACAACAAUUUUUAGAGGCCUGCAAUAAAGGACUCCAAACUUAUCUAGAAAUUUACAUCUAUUAUAUAUUGAACAAUGUAGAAUUUUUAAAAACAUGUUUUCUCAAAUAUUGCUGUAGGUCUCAAUCUUGUAAUUACUCCAUGCAAGCAGAACCUGAACCUGUGUAGAGGCCAGCUGAAGCCAGUGGUGCCCUGUGUGAACAUAGGGGUCUGUCUGGAUGCAGUUAUAUUUAAGAUUGGGAACCAUUUGUCUGAGAGGAAGGAAAAAAACAAGACUUUCUUAAGUUCUUACUACAUCUAAAUAACUGUAUGAAAUCAUAAGUUCAAGAAAAGGAUGGGGGCAUUUCAUUGAGUAUUUGUAGGAAUUUUUUUGUAUGUGUUGUGAAUGUUCAUUCCAAAAUGCCACCAUUUCUGGGCAAAACAUCAGUAGCACUGCUUCUAUUCUUGGUUGUACUUUUCUUGUGUGCAGGAAAAACUCUUGAAUACUUUCUUUCAGUGGCUGGAUAUAGCAGAGUCUUAAAUUUUCAUGAUUUUGAAGCAGGCUAAAAAGGAUGUUUUUUUAAAAAAGUGGAAUGAUAGCGAUACUCUCUGUUUUUGCCAUAUCUACACUGGUGGAUGAUAGAGUCUUCUGUUUUAUCUGCAAGAACAGAAAAUACUUACUUUUGUUUGUUUAUUUUGCCAGCAGGGAAACUACCCUUUUCACAUAAAUCUAGUUGAAAGGGU